AUGGCGAUUACUCGUGUAGCUGUGGCCGGUGGCACCGGUAACCUCGGACCAGCCAUUAUCACUCAACUACUCGAUGCCGGCUUCGAAGUCACCAUCCUCAGUCGCUCGGAUUCGCAUCAAGUCGAUUCACGCGCUCGCAUCCAAGUAGUCGACUACAACUCCCUCGACUCUCUCGUGGCCGCGCUCAAGACCCAAGACGCCGUAGUCAACGCCCUCAGCGCUGGCCUCGUCCCCCGCGAGGUCCACCUCCGCCUGGUGGAAGCAGCCCAAACCGCCGGCAUCCAGCGCUUCAUCCCCUCCGAGUUCGGCUCCGACACCAGCAACCCGUUAACGGCUCAGCUGCCCGUCUUCGGCGACAAGGUCGCCGUUCUCCAGAAACUGGAGGAAGUCGCCAAGCAGGAUGCCGCGUUUAGCUGGACGGGCGUGAUCAACGGCCCGUUCUUCGACUGGGGUCUUGAACAAAGGUUUGUUGUCAAUCUCAAGGGGCCGUCCACGCGUAUCUAUGACGGCGGCGACGUUCCCGUUAGCAGUACCACGCUGGCGGGUGUUGGACGAGCCGUGGUCGGGGUUUUGAAGCAUCUCGACGAAACUAAGAAUCGACAUGUCUUUGUCUCCGAUGUGCAGUUCACUCAGAAUCAGCUGCUGGAUCUGUCGGGUAAUGGCGACAAGAUUCAGCGAGAGAAUGUCAAGACUGAGGAUGUCGAGAAGGAGGCUUACGAAGCUCUGAAACAGUCUCCGCCCGAUGGGAGGACGUUUGCGACUAAUCUGAUCCUGCGGGCUAUUUAUGGUGGGAAGUAUGGAGCUCUGUUUACCAAGACUGAUAAUGAGCUUCUGGGCGUUCAGAAAUUGUCGGAUUCCGAGGUGGCGGAUCUGGUGAAGAAGUAUGCUUGA